AUGACCCUCUUCAAAUUCCUUACCACUCACGCGCCUCCUGUCCGUUUGGCCGAAUCGUCCAAGAGCAAGACAUCUAAGAAGAAAUCCAAGUCUCUUACAACAAACAAAGGAUACCACCAGCCAACACGCCUUCAGCCAUGGGAGGACUUCGACCUACGCACCUUGCAGACCAUGUACGAUCACAUUCUGCGUCAUGAACGGGAUCUUCCGGACCCCUCCCAGAUCCGCCCUUCGAUUGAUUUUGCUCUGAACGAAGGUGGCAUCGGGGACUUCAUCCAGGAUAGCAACCGAGUGGUCGUGGAGACAGCUCUGAAAGAGGCGAAGAAAUUACUCGGGAGGCCCGAGUUUGUUUCGAUGAUUCGUGGCCAUAGCGCGGAGCCAGUUCGACGCACCGGAAAUCAAAAACCUUUUCGACCAGACUGGGCUGGUGUACGCGUAGGAGAUGAUUUUGCGCCCAGGGACCUUGCGAACAUCUUGCCCGGAGACACCAAAGACAGCCGUUCCUGGACAUUCAAUGACUUGCUUGGUUCUAGGAUUCCGGACACUGUACUCGAUCUUGGCAAAUACGAGCGUCCGCACUGGAUCCAGCCGUUGAAUCAGGUAUUCACCUAUUGCGUAGAGCUGAAGGUCCGCUACGGAUACGUACUAUCGGAUCGCGAGCUACUGGUCCUACGGAUUCGACCAAAUCAGAAAGGAAAGACACCCGCAAUAGACCGAACGGAUGUCUCCCAUCCUGAGGAAGGCCCGCCGAGGAGGUCAACCAGGCGUCGAACGCAAGAAAAGCAGCCGACUGAAUCCAAUCCAGAGACGAUCGAGCAAAGAGACAUCAGGAAUGGCAUCUUGGAAUUUGCAUGCAUCAAAGGCGGCUCUCAGAAUGGUGAUGGGCUCACUGUGAAUCUCGCGUUGUGGUGGUUGCAUUUACUGGCGUUGAAGGACAACACAGUGCAGGGCAGUUACAGCGAUUUAGCGGAUGAGGUUUUGAGCAGCAUCGAGGGGAGGCCUACAGAGGAAGCUGACAUGCCUCGGGCUGGGAACGGGGGCGACAACGAUGCAGGUGCAGUUUACGAGCAGGAUGAAGAUGGGGGUUUGAGUAAUAUUGAGGGGAGGCUUCUCGACCAAGCUGGAACACCUCGGACUAAGAGCGGGAAUGACAAAGACGCAGGUACAGGUUACGAGCAGGAAGAAGACGUGCUCUCUGAGGGAUCUCUGACAAUCCCGGCUGAAUCCGACGGACCGUAUUCCCAGCAAGACCUAGAUGACGGAAUAUUUCCUAGCUUCCAGACUGAAGCUCAUAUUCCUGUUGUUGGUGAAGGAAAGGGUUCUUCAUCAGGCAAGAGACGGAGGAGCCGCUCGUCAAAUAACGAUAGGAAAAAGGCAAAGGUCUAA